AAAACCCGAGGCACCGAAAUGAGAGCAUUCAGUAGCCUUCGCGCAGUCUACCACAGAAGUGCACGAUGAGAGUUCUGAUUGUCGCCGCCGUCCUCGCUUGCGCCGCAGCCGCCCCCUCGGGCCUGCUGGCUGCUCCCUACGCCCACGGUCUGAUCGGCCAUGGCGCGCCCUUAGCCGUCGCCCACGCGGCACCUCUGGCCGUCGCCCACGCCGCUCCUUUGGCCGUGGCCGCGCCGACCAUCUCCCCCGGAGACAUCCAGGGCGCCGCCAUCGACGCCCACGUCGAAGCCCACGACCACGCCCGCGCCGCCGUCGACGCUGCCCGCGAAUACCACGACCAAGCUUCCGAACUCCAAGGUCAGGCUAUCAACGCCGCUGAGGACCACUCCUGGCAGGCGGUUGAUGCCGUGAAGACCCAGGAGGCUCAGUUGGACGGUGCCGCCGCUGGUGCCGCUCCCAUCCUGGCUAAGCAGCUGGCUGGCCACGCCGUGGUCGCUCCCGUGGCGCACGCCGCGUACGCCGCCCCCCUGGCCCAUGGCGCGUACGCCGCUCCUCUGGCGCACGCUGCCUACGCCGCUCCCCUCGCCCACGCUGCCUACGCCGCGCCCGUGGCUCACGCCGCCAGCAAGACCGUGGUCUCCCAGUCCCUCCACCAGUCCCACCCCGCCCCCGUCUACCACGCCGUCCACGCCGCCCCCGUCGUCCACGCCGCCCCCGCUCUGGCCUACGGAGCGCACGGUCUCGCCCACGGAUGGUAAACUGUGAUAACUUAGUGAAAAACCAAAUUUUCUAAAUACUCAUACGUUUGGGAUGUAAAUUAUGUAAAAAAAAUGCAAUAGAAGCGAGGAUGUGUGAAUAAAUGUCAUAGUAAUUUAAUAAA